AUGUCGCAGGCCCCGACUCUGCCUCCCGCCGAGGCACACGCGCCGACCCCUGGGGCCGAGGGAGCCAGUGACAGUGCCAAUGGUAACGUGGCAGGUCCUCUGGCCGUGGAAGUGGACGAGCUGGACGCGUCCCCGGACCCCGUGGUCGCGGUGCAGCCGCAAGUGUCCGAACCGCCACUGCCGCAAAUCAUCGAUAACCCCGAGGUCGAGGAGCCUCAGGAGGAGCCAAUGGUCACUGAAGACGUGUCUGAGCUGCCUGAGACUAAUAACGAGCCCUUCCAAGCUUUUGCGGGUGCGCUGGGUGGUCUGAGUACCCUGGGCGCUGAAGCCGAAGGUGUGGCGGCGCUCGCGGCGUUCCUCCACCUUGACUACACCAAUCUCGACCAGUGUGACCCUCAGGUGGUCAAGGCGAUGAUGAACCGGUUCGAGCAGUUCACUCAGCUCCUGCUGGAGUCGGAAUUUCUCAAAUUGAACCUCGAAAACUCGACGCAAAAUCUGAAGCGCCUCGUGGACCUGCUUCAACAGAAGCUCCACCAAACCCAACUGGAAUUGGAGUCACUUAAAAUCCAACGGCAAUCGCUGAACCAGGCGUCGCAAUCGCAAGCGGCCGACCUCGAAGCGGCAAGGGGGCAAAUCGACCAGUUACAGACGAAAGUCGACCAGUUACUGGACGAAUUGGCCACCGCCAACGAACACAUGGACCGUCAGCGCCAACAGGGCCAACAGCUGAUGCUUGACAUGGAACACAAGGUCGAUCAGGCGAUGGCGUCGCAAGUGGAAGCGCAGCAGCAGGUAAACCAAAUGACGCAAAAGCUUGCCACCACCGAGAAGGACUUGUUUGCGCUGAAACUUUCGUUGAUUAAGGCCGAGAACCGCGUCAAGUACCUCGACGAAGACUUAAGCUGGCACCAACAGGAAUUGGCGCUGGCGCAGUCACGCUACGCCGCCGUCGUCAAACAGCACCACCAGGAACAAGCCCAACAACAGACGCGCAUGUCGCAGCUCACCACGCGUAACGAGCAAUUGGACCAGUUGAAUCUGGGCCUCAAAGCCACCAUCGACGAAGUUAAUGCUCAAUUACAACAGGAAAUUAGCCGUGCUGGCGACGCUCAACAACAGGCGAAGACCGAGAUUGCUCGUUUAAGAGAGGAAGCAGCUCGGGCUACCGAUUUGGCGGAAGCUGCUCAACGUAAACUGGAUCAACAACGCCAACGCAUUUCCGAAUUGGAACAGUUUAUUGAUGAAUUAAAGCAACGCGGGGAAACCUCGUUGGCCCAAUUGCAACUGCAAUUACAGGAAAAGACCACUCGCGUGGCCGAACUUGAAGAGAAGUUGCUGCGGGCCGAGGAAGCGAUCUCGCUGGACAUCCAACGCGACGCCCAACUCCCGGCGCUCGCCCUGGGGCUGAACUUGAUCGCCCUGCAAGCCAACAUCAGCUUGACCGACUUGUACACCGAAUACAGCCACUUGAAGAAGCAAUUGGUGAUGGAACGCUCGCAAAACGACAAGUUGACUCACCAAAUGUCGAAGUUUGUCACCGAUCUUGAACGCCGCAAGCCUCAGUUGGCCGCCUACCACGAACAGGUGGAGAUGUACCAACGCCAGCUCCAUGAAAUGACGGGUAAAGUCGAACAGAUCCGUCUUGAACGUGAAGAGGCCAACAAGACCAGCUCUCGUUUACGCCAACGGUUGAUUGCUAAGGAGAACGAAGUGGUGCAAGCGCGUAAGAUGACGCGUGACUUGGGCCGUCAAGUGUGCUAUUUAUUGAUCCACACCCGCGACGAUGAUACCCCAUUGCUGAGCGCUGAACGGAAGGUGAUCGACAAGAUCAUGGCUCAGGGCACCGAAGCGUUAAGCGACACCGAUAUGCUCAUCAGUCAACGGUUGGUGGAAUUCAAGAACAUCGUCGAGUUGGAGAAGCAAAACCAAAACUUGUUGCAUUCGAUCCACGAGCUUCUGCACCAAUUGGAGGCCAGCGAACACCAGGGCGUCGACUUGGAGCUGGCGGCGAUCGACGAAGCCAAGCAGGCGAUUUUGCUGUUGCAAGGUGAAAUCGAACUGUACGAAACGCGCUACCAAGCAGUGGUCAAGGAACGCGAUAUGCUUAAACUGUUGCGUCAACUGACCACUUCGGGCGACAAGUUCCUCAUCCAAACGAAUAAUGACUUGAGACAACAGCUGGAAAAGACGGAACAAGUGCUUGAACAACUUCGCACCGAACUGCGCAAGACUAUCUCCGACUUGCGCGACCGGGUGCAACUGCUUUCGGCUGAGAAGAACAAGGUCGAGCUCGAAUUGUCGCAGGCGCAACUGACGUGCAAGUUAGCUGAGGCUCGCUUGGAGCUGGCGACAAAGCAAGUGCAGAACUCGGAGGUGGAAGUGAAGCAAUUGGGACAAGAAAUCAGCUUUUGGCGGGGCCAACUGCUGAAGCAGGAAGAAGCGCUUGUGGCCAAGCUGAACCAGCUCCACGAGGUCGACACCCAAUUGGCCGAAGCCCGUCUCAAAUUGCAACUGGCGCAACUGGAAAAGCAACACUUGAACAACCAGAUCGACAACUUCCGCGAGGAAGCGGUGAAGUUGAAGGCCGACAAGCAACAGCUCCAGGAAUUUGUGGGCAACUUGCAACAAUUGUUAACUGAACGCGAAGCUCUGACCAAGGAAGUAAGUGCUCAGUUGACGUCCACCGUCAAAAACUACAACGAGCUUCAACAGCGUCUCAGCGACCGCGAAGAGCGUGUAGCCCUUCUUGCUCAACAGACUGAGCUUGCACUUAAGGCGCAAAACGCCAAGGUCGAUCAAAUCAACGAGAUUUCGCGGGCAUUGUUGGAAGCGCGCCACCAAUUGGCUGAAAAGGAGCGUGAAGUCGAACAAUUGAACAAGAAGCUUUCGACUACCCACGCGGCUACUGUAACCCCGCAAUCUGCUGAACCGGUGGCCUCCACCAAGAGUGACCUGAGCGAUGAUAUUGAAGUGCAACAGCUUAAGGAAGAUCUUAAGGCUGCUGAAGCUCAGGUGGAAGAGUUCUCCAACUUGGCUAAAGCCAGUGAACAGGCGCUUAUUCAACAGACUAACUCGUUGGACGAUUACAAGCGUACCACCACCGAAAAGAUUGCUGACCUCGAAAAGCAAGUCGCCGACUUGUCUGCUGAACGCAAUCAGUUGUUGACUAAGUUCCAGGAAACCUCGAAGCAAUUGGACGACGAAAUCAACGCUCGCGCUGCUGAACGGGCCCAACUUUUGCUUGACCACGAAGAGGCAUUGGCUAAAGCCCGCAACUACGAUACCAUGCAACGCGACUUUGAAGCGAAGCUUGAGCUGGUGUCUCGCGAUCUCGACACGCAACACCAAUUGACUCAGCAAACGCAGGAUAAGUUCCAAGCUGAACUCAAGCGCAGUGGUGACCAGGCGGAACUCAUCUCGCAAUUGCGUGAUCAAGUGGACGACUACCGUCGCCAAUUGGACACUGCUUCCCGUGAAUUGGAACAAGCGAAGAAGGGUAUCGACGCCCGUAUUGAAGCCUUAUCUGGUGAACGCGGCCGUGAUGCUGAUGAAGCCAAACGUCUCCAACAACGGGUCAACGAGUUGACCGAUCAAAACCUGUUGUUGCUUAACCAGAUCGAGUUGCUGAAAUCGAACUCCACUGGUAGCACUACUGUCGAAGGAGAAGAUAAUGUCAGUGACAUCGUUGCCUACUUACGCAGAGAUAACCAAAAGCUCCAGGCUCAAGUAGACCAGCUGGCCGCCGAUGCUCGCGAACUUCUGGCGAAGGUGUCGCAAUUGGAGGUGAGCUUAGUCCAAGCGCAACUGGACUUGUCGUUUGCUCGUUCCCAGGCGGAAACUGGCGCUGCUUCCGGAGCUCAAGAACGUCAACGCUUGGACGAGAUGUUGGGCCAAGUCAAUUUGAUGCGGGAAUCGAACACGACGUUGCGUCACGAACGUGACGAAAAGGCCGCUCAAGUCGCCACCAUCACCAAGCAAUUAGAGCUGCUCACGGCUCAGCUCGACCCGCUCAAGGUCGAGGUCAGUCUGCUUAAGACCCAAGCGGAACUGGCACAAUUGCAAGCUAAGUUAGCCCAGGAAGAAGGGGAAAAGCUCCGCCAACAAUUGUCGGAAGCGCAACUGCUGUCGCUGCUGGCUGAUAAGGAACGUAUCGCUGAGUUGGAGCAACAGCUUAACCAAAACCGGGAGAAGUCUCGCGAACGGGUUUUCCAAGCUAACCAAAAGCUUAAGAACCAAAACGAGACUAUCGGUCGCUUGAACACUCAGAUCGAGGAACAAAAGACCACCGUCCAGUCGUUAGAAAAGCAAAUCGCUGAGUUGAAGCUGGCUCCUGCCCCUGCUGCCGAUGGCGCUGCCGCUGCUGCUGCUGCCACUUCUCAAGAAGAAAAGGCGGAAUGGGAAAAGCAAAAGCAACAAUUUGAACAAGAAAAGCAGGAGUGGACGAAGAAGGAACAAGAGCUUCGGACCCAAAUUGAUCAGCUUACUAAGCAAUUGGCCCAAGCGAAGGCCGAUGCCGCUGCCGCUGGCUCCGCGUCCACGUCUAGCGACAAUGAGAAGAAGUUGCAAGCUGAGCUUACCGAGGCGAAGUCUGAGCUCACUAAGGUGACGCAAAAGCACCAGGUGACCGAGAUGAAGAUGAAGAUGAUGCAAAAGAAGUUGGAGCGAUUGGAGAAGCAGGAGAAAGACGCCGCUACCCUGCUGCUGACGCCGGCUGCGGGAGUGGCCCCGGCCAACACCCCUGCUGCUACUACCACUGCUGCUGCUGCUGCUGCUACUCCGGCAGCCACCGCUGCCCCUUCUGCCUUCGGCUCGGCGACAACGGCGCCCGCCACGACGUCAGCGUUUGCUCAGAACCCGUCGACGGCCCCGCUGGGGGCAAAGCCUGAAACGCUGGCCCCGUUUGCGUUUGGCUCGGCUAAACCUUCGUCGUUUACGUUUGGCUCCUUCGGCCUGGCGGCGACCCCGGUUGCGAACCCGUUUGCCAAUCAGGCGAAUGCUAAUCAGCAGAACCCGCUGCCGUUCGGCUCGUUUGGUCAACCCCAACAGCAGCAACAACAGCAGCAAAAGCGGAACAGCCCCGAUGCCACCAACAACAACGAGCUGCCGGCGAAGAAGCCCAAGAGCUCCGAAUGA